AUGCAGCCACCGGACCAGCCGCUGGCGCCUCCAGGGCAGCAACCCCGUCCCUCCUUUGCAGCCAUGCUGACCAGCCAAAUAACAACUUCACCUCCCCGCCUAGUCCCCGUCGCUUUAGCCCCUCGCCCCACCUCGUCUGUUGAACAAGCCCCGGCGGUGUUCUUCUCGGCAAUGGAAAUCGACCAACUGAAUCGGCAGGUAGACAAUACACUGAUCAUGAAAUUCUCGGCAGGCCGCCCAAGUUUACAAGAUAUCCGUACACACAUCAAUACGGAAUGGAAUCUAGUGUCGGAGCCAGCUAUAGGGUUUUUAGAUCCAAGACAUAUCACGAUUCAUAUGGGCUCGACUCAAGAUGCAAAGCUCGCCCUUUCACGCAAUUCGAAUAAUAUAAAGAAUUGUAUGUUCCGACUUUUUCGUUGGACACCAGAAUUUUCUAUAGGCAAAGAUAGUAGCAGGGUUGCGGUUUGGGUUCGUCUCCCUAAGUUACCGCUCCCAUAUUUCAACGUCUCAUCUUUGGAACGAAUUGGAACAGCGCUUGGUAAUGUCUUACGAGUGGAUGAUAGAACGCUGGCUUUUACACACACACAUUACGCGAGAGUUUGCAUAGAGGUUAACGUUGCAAAGCAAUUGCCGAAAUCGAUAUUUAUAGGUACAUCCAAGGAGGAUGGGUGGUGGCAAAAAGUCGAGUAUGAAGGUAAUCACAUGUACUGCUCUCAUUGUGGGUUGUUGGGACAUCUGGUUGGAGCAUGGAGGAAAAAACAAGGGUUACCGAAACCUCCUAGCAAACCAAAACCGUUGGGGCAGAAACAACCUACUCGUAUAUUGCACCGAGGUGAGACCGAUACUACUCAGGAUGAGGCCGGUCAUAUCCUUGCAGCUGAUUCUAACCCAAAAUCCAUAUCAAGGAAGUCGAAAAAUACCAAGAUUCCACUCCCUACCACGUCUGGUACAACUGCUGGUUAUCAGGUAGACACCGGGCUAAACUCUAAGCACAAGACUCAAGACGGUUUAAACCUUACUCAACACGUUGACGGUGCUUGA